AUGUUGUUUUUACUGUCGAGGGGGUCGCCGAGGUCGUUUCCGGUCCUCGCGCUCCUGGCCACCAAUCUGGUGAUCUCGAUGCCCGCGCCACCCACGAAACGAUCGCCCGGGGACGCCUCCGGCGACGGGAAGAACGGGUUCUCCAACGCCCCGAAGGUCCUGGAGAUCCAGCUGCCGUUGAAGAUCGCGACCAAGGACGAUCUGGUGGCCUGGGCGAAGUACGUGAUGGGACUGAUGGCGUCCAAGAUAAACAUCACGUUGGCCGCGGUGAAGGAGACGCCAAAGGCCUCCGAGAAUGUCAGAAAUCCCAGCAACGUUAAGCAGUCGCGAAACAAUUCGGGAUUCAGGGUCGUUGAGAACGCCAAGCAAUCGGGGAACACGCGAGUAUACGCCACCGCGAUGAACAUGGGGAACUCCAGGUACGCGGAGAACGUUAGAAAUUACGGGGACCCGAGAAACUUGGAGCGCAACAUGAACUUCGGGACCGUAAGGCCCGCGGAAAAUGGUCGCCAACCUGACAACACCAGGGUUCCUCCUAGACUGACGAAUUUCUCUACGCCUAAGGAGAAGCUGAUCGCAAUUUCGAAUUUGCCCAACGCGGCGAACAACGGGCUGGGAAAUCGACAGCCUUUUUCGACCUUCGCGACUCUCGGGGUAGCGGAUACUACGAUUCACAGCCCUCUAGCGAUAACCGCGAAUAUUAAUGUUCCGAGGCCCAGGUUCAAGGAGCAGGACUUGAAGGAAGCCUUCGAGGCAGCGAACUCGUUGAAAGUGGGAGGCGCGGAGCACCUGUUCGUCCCAUCGUUCCCCGAUUUCGGGCCUGUCUUGGACAUAAAGGGCAACGACAUCUUCAAGAACUUCAACACGGUCUCCCCGCCCCCGCGGACGUACCUUCCUGUGACCACCAUCGACAGCAUCAAGUUCCCCAACGAUCCGUUCGUUACGAGGUACUUCUUCGACGGUGUCGAGAGGAACAUCUCCAACAAUAUCGGCCUUCAGCCCUCGGACGUCGUGUUCACCACUCUGAGACCAUUGAUCUUCAACGACGAGAUCCCGUUGCCGGUGAAGAGCGUGGAUCUGACCAGCCAGAAGAACGUAUCGAGCCCGUUGAAGCCGCUCUUCAGGCUCCCCUUCGAGGCGGUGAUCACGAUCACGCGCGAGGAUACCAGCGAACCGACCACCCUGAAGACGGAGAAGGACAAAUACUACGCGGUGCCCACCAGGAAUCCCCCUGAUCAGUUCCCGCCCUAUUUCGACACGAAUUACACGAUCACGAACGAGUCGGGACAGAUCAACGUGGUGUUCGAUGAUGGAAGUCAGGUGACGGAAUCGUUGAACAGGAACGAAAAGAAGAAGCAAGAGAAGAAGAAGAAGGAGAGCUCGAGCAAGCAACCGCAGAAGACAGAGAAGACUCCGAAACGACCGUCGACGAUCAGCAGGCUCAUCAAGGCUUUCCUGACGCUCAGGAAGAACGACACCUUGCCCGUGGACCUGACACCACCCCCGCUCAAGCAACAGAAGGUCACCACUCAGAAGUUCACCACCCCCCAAAGGACGCAGACUUACCCCGAACGACCGUCCUCUUCGCGACAGGGAAAUCGUAAUCGGACGAUUCUGGCGCAACGGCUCGAGGACGACGACGACGACGACGACAGCGGCAGCGAGAAGACCAGCGACGAAGACGGCGACGACGGCGAUGCGAAUGGCGGCGACGACGACGACGACAAUGGCGGGGACAACAAAAACGAGUCCAAAGAGGACAGCGCCGACGAGAGCGGCAGUUCGGAGUCCGAGUCCUCGGAGGAGGAGGAACCGGGUGGUUCCGUUCAAGCCGUGAUCUCUUUGCUUCAACUCGCCGCUCCGAUCUUGGACGAUCUCAGCGACCCGGAAUCCGACGCAGAUAUCCGCGACGUGCUCCAGGCUGGUCUUCCGCUUCUGGAAGAGCUGUCGGAGGGAGACGGAGAGAAUCCUGGCGUCGAUAUCCCUGGACUGUUGGUGCCCAUCUUGCUGCAGCUCAGCGGCCCGGAAGGACGCAGGGACUCUGCAGCGAUUCUGACACCGCUCCUCCAACUGAGCGCGCCGUUGAUCGGGCCCCUCUCAGGCCCCCUGAUCGUUCCGCUGAGCCACCAGAGCAGCCACCCCCCUGGACAAGGUGGAUCGUCCGUGGGCGCCCUGGUAAAAACAUUCCUUGGCCCCCUGCUCGAGCCGCCCGCGCCUGGGAAGAUGCCGCCGCUGACUAACCUGGUCGCCGGAGUCGUCUCUAGUCUUAGCAAAAACGGCAAAGGCAAAUCGGACAUAACGAGCCUCGUGAAGGCGGUGGUCGCAGGAUCGGUCGCCGGGACCAGCGCAGGAUCCAGCGGCGGCCAAAGGGACACCUACGCAGCCCCCACGAACUAUGGCGGCGACUCUUAUCGUCCUGUGAGUAUGGCACCUUCGACGAUCCAGUCUCUCGGUUCCUCGAUCAAAGCUAUCUUUAACGCAAUAUUAAAGCUGGUUGCCUCUUUGAUAACCUCAUUUUCGGGUCUCCUGGCUGCUUCCUCGAACAGUUCGCAGGAACCGGAAAAACCCGUGUACGGUCCACCCCGCCCCUCUUAUGGCACGCCAGCCUCUUACGAGACCCCUCCGCGUCUGACCCAAACCGGAAGCACUGGUACGCCGCAGCGACGAUCCAGGCAAAGAGUGACAACCUUUUAG